GCCUCCAAUCGUAGCCACCACCUCCUCUCCUGCCGUGUACGCUUCGGUCCGAAAAAAUCCUCUUUUUUUGCGUCGCUUGCGAGGAGUUUGGACUGGAAGAUACGUCUCGAAUGUUCCUUCUUCUUCUUCUUCUUCUUCUUCUUCUUCUUCUUCUUGUGCGUUAGGGUCUGGAUUUGGUGCUUCUGGUGUGGUCCGAUAGGUUGGUUCCGGUGCUGCUGCGGAAUCGGGACGAUGGAGCCUCCGAAGGGGUUCUGGGCGACUCUUUGGAGUUUCCUUUGCUUCCUGCCCUUCUUCCUGGGGUUGUUGCUUCUGGGCAUCGUGAAAGAGACUGCAUUAGCGGAAGCCUCAGACAUGGGUUGCCCUUUUUUGGCUCAAAAUAUUAGCACAAUUGAAUAUUAUCACCUAAAUUACUAACAGGUCAUAUAAUAAUAUAUGGAAAAUGUAGCCAAGGAGGAGAGGUUAUUAGUAAAAGGAGGAUUGACUGUGUCAUUUGGAUGUUUAGCAAUGAUCUUGCAUCGGAUUGACGCAGGUACUCUGCUCUGCCCAUUUGUUUGCCUUAUCGUGACAUUAGGAAAUUCUGCAAUCAUAUUGGGUCUCUGGCCAGCACAUGCAGUUUGGACAUAUUACUGCAUAGCAAGAACCAAACAGCUUGGGCCUGUUCUGAAGCUUAUUCUUGCUGUUGGUGUAUCUAUCAUCUUAGUUUUGUGGCCACUAGCUGGUAUAUUUGGAAGCAUCCUCGUAGGAGCAGGCUAUGGUUUUUUAGCUCCCAUCAUGGCUACUUUUGACGCUGUUGGAGGAGGAAAGGCAAACAAUCUCAUACACUGCUUCUUGGAUGGAACUUGGAGCACAAUCAAAGGAAGUUUUACAGUGGUCAGAGACUUCAAAGAUGUUUGCUUUCAUUCCUAUUUCUCGAUCAUGGAUGAUCUACGCCUCCAUGAUCCUCCAAACAGAGAGCCCUAUGAGAUUAGAUUGCGUGAUAUUCCCGGUGCCUGUAUGAUUGGUCUGCUUGGAAUUAUGGUUGACAUGCCAAUUAUCACAUUAAUUGCUAUUUGCAAGAGCCCGUGUAUGCUUUUUAAAGGAUGGAAUCGUUUAUUUCAUGAUCUUAUAGGCCGAGAGGGCCCAUUUUUGGAGACUGCAUGUGUGCCGUUUGCAGGUCUCGCCAUUCUUCUCUGGCCAUUAGCAGUUGCAUCGGCGGUUGCUGCUUCCAUAAUAUCAAGUUUCUUUUUAGGUGCAUAUGCAGCUGUUAUCACAUACCAGGAGACAUCAGUCAAGAUGGGGAUAGCCUACAUCAUCUCUUCCUUGUCUAUGUUUGAUGAAUAUAGUAACGAUGAACUUGGCAUGCGACAAGGGUCAUGCUUUCCCAGGCAUCGGUAUCGAAAGAACGAAUCACUGCAUGCUAGCUCUUUCACCAGGCCUGCCUCUUUUCAACGAGGAAGUCAAGAUGGAAAGAACCCUCCUUCACAUGCUACCUCAUUCAAGAAUGGCAUUCUUGAAUUGAAACCAUUGAAGUUAUUAGAUCACCUAUUCUCAGAGUGUAAGCACCAUGGUGAGACAUUGGUUGCUCAGUGUGUCAUACAAUAUGAAGACAUCAAAGAGUCUCAGUCCAGUAAGGGUGGCAGAAGCAGGAUCAUAAACAUUGGUUUGCCGGCAUACUCCAUACUUCAGGCACUCCUAUUUUCUGCAAAGGCCAACUCUGAUGGUUUAGUCUUAAGUGACAACACUGAGAUCACGACAGAAAACCGACCCAAGGAUAAAAUCUUUGGUUGGUUCUUUGAUCCUUUGAUGAUCCUGAAAGAGCAGAUUAAAACCCAAGAUUUCUCAGAAGAGGAAGAGCAGUAUUUGUCCAAAUUGGUGCUGCUACUUGGUGAUUCCAGGAGGAUCAAUAACCUUGACAAUCAAUCACCACCUCUGGAUCAACGAAAACGAGCUGAGAUAAAUGCGUUUGCUCGCAGGUUGCAAGGCAUUACCAAAUCACUCUCGAGGUACCCAACGGCCAGACGACGUUUUGAUGAUCUCGUACAAUCUCUCUCCGAGGAUCUUGAGAUGAAGUUAGGGAGCACUCAAUCUGCCAAUAAAACUCAAAUGCAAUAUGUAAGAAGUGGCAUUGUCAGAAUUUUCAGCCAGAGGUCAUUUAAGAUGAGUAAAAUCACAAAGAAUAGUCGCAGAAGCACAAUUGGUUAAUAAUGUUCUCUAGUUAUAUAAUUAAUAUUUUUGAAGUAUUUAUAUGUUUAGCCAGUGUCAUUUGAUUGCUGCAACAUUUUAAGAUAUACCUGUAUUGUCACAAACACAUUGUUACAAGGCACACCAGUGCCUUCAUAUUUGCUUUAAAAUGUGUAAUAGCCAUCAUCAUGGCUUUCCUAAUAUUUAAGCUGAAGCUGGAAUGUGA